AUGUCUGCCUCACCAAAACCUGAAAUCAACCUGACCCCUCCGGCUGCCUCGCCUUCCCCGCAACCGGAAGCUGACUCUCAGCCAGAGCAAGCGCAAGAGCAAGAGGCCGAAGCAGCGCCUUCUCCAGCCCCCGCCGCCGAACCUACCGAUACGCAAAAUGCCAUGUACGAUGCUGUCUUUGGUGGAGAAGGAUCGGAUGAUGAUGAUUCGGAUGACGAAGGAGCGCGUAGAGUGAGAAGGGAGAGGAGAGAUGAGGAAGAUGAGGAAGGGGAUGUGAGGAUGGAUGAGGAUGAAGAAGAGGAGGAGGGAGGAGAAGGGGAGACGUAUGUUCCUGCGACGGCUACGAGUGCUGCCAAGAUUCCUUCAUUCAAGAAGGGACGCAAGUCGGCCGAAGAUGAUGAUCAAGAGGAUGAAGAGGGGGACGACGACAGGGAGAGAAGAAAGAGUAAGAAGAAGAGCGAGAAGAGAAAACAAAGAGAAGUAGAGGAAGAGGACGAAGAUGAGGUUGCUCUUGAUGCCGAGACUCAAAGACGGGUGGACCUGGAAAGAAGAAUAGACGCCAUCGGAAAGAAGCCAAAGGCUGUGAGAAAGAAGAAGAAGGGAGACGAUGAAGUAGACGUGGUGGAUGGCUAUCACGAUGAGAUUUGUGCCCGACUUCGAGACCGCAUGCUGGCUGCUGCCGACAAGGAUGAAGCCGCCAACAAGGUAAAGAUGCCAGGUACCGCCAAGCUGGCCAUGCUGGACGAGGUUAUGAAUGUUUUGAGAAAUACCACAUUAUGGCAGUCUAUCGUUGACAACGGGGUGCUUGAUUCUGUCAAGCGAUGGUUAGAACCUCUCCCUGACAAGAGUCUGCCCAGUGUUGGUAUCCAAAAAGCCAUCUUUGAAGUUCUUCCCAAGAUGGACCUCGAUACCACAACCCUCAAAGAAUGCCGCCUCGGCCCCAUCGUCCUCUUCUACACCAAGACCAAACGCGUCACUCCAUCCAUCAACCGCCAAGCCGACGCCCUCGUCCAAGCAUGGUCCCGUCCCAUCAUCAAGCGUCCCGCCAACUACCGCUCCAAAUAUGUCGAGACUCAGAAUGAGGUCGAGCAGGCUUUGGGCGGGGACAGCCGAGGGGAGGAGACUGGGUAUGGAGGUGGUGGUAGUAAGGGACAGAAGAAGGUCAAGAGGUUCGAUUUCAAGACUGCUUUGGCGGAGAAUGCAAACAAGAAGGGAGCGAGGUUGCAGGUUGUCCAGGCAAGUACUUCCGACUGUCUUGAUAUCCAAUACAGUGUUGUGCCCGAACCCAAAACGCAGCAUCAUGCGGAAGAGAUGGCACAUGUGUCGAGGAUACAGGCGGACAACAAGAAAUUCAACAGGUUUGCCAGACAGAUCAAGAGCAAGCGAUGA